AUUCUCCGUCUCCAAGUUUUUUUUUUCUCUCUCUCUUUGUCGCCGUUAGCUUGAGGCGGCGAGGAGCUCGACGACGUGGAGGACAUGGUGGCGAAGCGCGGCGCCGGCGCUUGUGCCCUCUCCUGGGAUGAGGAGGGCGAGGUGUCCCGCGGCGAGAAGAGGAGGAGGGCGGAUGGGGAUGGCUCGUCGGACGUUGGCGGCGGCGGCGGCAUAGGGGCGUUCGACGCGCUGCACGACGAGCUGGUCGUGUCCAUCCUCGCCGACGUGGCCGCCUCCGCCGGCUCGCCGGCUGACCUCGCCGCCGCCAUGCUCACGUGCAGGAGAUUCAGGGAGCUGGGGAAGCACGGGCUGGUGCUCGCCCGGGCCUCGCCGUCGGCCGUCGCCGUGCGCGCCGCGGCAUGGUGCGACGACGCGCACCGCUUCCUCGUCCGUUGCGCGGAAGCCGGAAACGUCGAAGCCUCCUACCUUCUCGGCAUGAUCAUGUUCUACUGCUUCGAGAAUCGCAAGCUGGGGGCGGAGCUGCUCGGCGCGGCGGCGCGGCGCGGGCACGGCGAGGCGCUCUACUCGAUGGCGAUCAUCCAGUUCAACGGCAGCGGCCUCCCCAAGGACGGGCGCAACCUCCAGGCUGGUGCCCAGCUGUGCGCGCGCGCCGCGUCGCGCGGCCACACCGACGCGCUCCGCGAGCUCGGCCACUGCGUCUCGGACGGCUACGGCGUCCGCCGCUCCCUCUCCGGCGGGCGGCGCCUCCUCAUCCAGGCCAACUUCCGCGAGCUGUGCGCCGCGGUGGCGAACGGCGGGGCCAGGUUCGCCGCGGCGCUGGGGCGCAGCGGCGAGUGCAAGCCGCCGGGCCCGCACAUGUGCCUCCUGAGCGACUACGGGUGCCACGUCGCCGGCGCGGCGGGGCGGCGCGCGCACGCGGCGAACGCGUUCCUGGCCGGGUGGUACGCGUCGCGGCCGCUGGCGUCCGGCGCCGGCGCCGCGGCGCUCCGGAUGUGCUCGCAGCCCACCUGCGGGCGGCCGGAGACGCGGAAGCACGAGUUCCGGCGGUGCUCCGUGUGCAGCGGGGUGAUCUACUGCUCCCGCGCGUGCCAGGCGAUGCACUGGAAGGUGGCGCACAAGAGCGCGUGCGUGCCGAUGGCGCACUGGCUCGUCGCCGCCAACGCCGGCGCCGGCAAUGCGGUCGGGGCCGCGGCGGCGGCGGCGGCGCAGAUGGCGAUGCCGUGACCCGCGGCGACACCGCGUCCGGGAGCGUGUGGUGGUCGUAGCUCGCCAUCUCCGGGAUGCUCGCUUGUGUUUCCUCUGCUCCACCGUCUUUGCGUCUUUAGAUUAUCGCUCAUUAAUUUACUUUCCUGUACUUAGUUCCUUGUUAGUGUUUUAAGUUAAGCCAAGCCUUUUUGAGAGGGAGAGAGAACUAGUAGCAACUCUUAUGUUAAUUUCCUUUUUUUUUAGUUUUGAGUAUUAUGUUUCUUCUUGUUUUUGUACAUCGGUAAUCAAGUUUUCAUCAAAUCUACGAUGAAACAAAAACCAAACAAGUUUUUGAA